AUGGAAAGAGUUAAUGAGCAAAUCUUAUCGGAAAGCAGCUCUAUAACUUCAGAAUCAUUCCACUGCGAACAUGGAUCAGAGGAAAAACCUUAUUCCGAAGAGAAAAUUAUGAAAAUAUUCAUGGCCAAGGAGAUAGAUCCAAUAACAAUCGGCUACCUCCUCAUGCGUCUAGAAGAUGACUUCAACUUUGACCUGGUGUCUCAGGCUCUAGACUGGCAUCUGUCGUCACCCAAUUCGAAGCGUCCAAGCGGUACCGUCAAGCUAAACCACACGCUCGCAGCAGCAACAGACCUAUGCGAAACUGCCGUCAGGAUGCUGUCAUUGUCCACCGUGCAUCGUUUUGCAACCUUUCUGGAGAUCGCUCUCCUAUUGGCAUACGACAACGUCGAUAACUGUAAUUCUUUA